AUGUUUUUGCUAUGCACGAACGAUCACAAGGAAUAUCGCCUUGAAGGGCAUCUCGUUGGACACAAAAAUGCGAUUAAUUGCCUGUCCGUCUCAAGUAAAGGCACUCUAUUGGCAAGCGGGGGCUCGGAUGGCAUGAGGGUCUGGGACCUCAAACAGCGACUUCAGCUCCCAACUCCUCGUCACGUCGUAGGCAUUCAAAAUCCAGCGGAUCCCGUAACAUGCGCAUGCUGGAUCACCCGCCAAGAGGUGACGUGCGAGACAUUGUGCUACGGUACAGGACUGGGCUUCAUUGGCAUUUGGCAACAGCAUGGCGAAGGUUUACAAGACUUUGACGCCAAAAUAUCAAGAAGAAUUGGCACAGGCAAAGAGAUUAUGUGUCUUGCCUAUGAUCAUUAUGGGAAUGACACCCAAAUUGCUACUGGGACACACGACAAACAUGUUCAAGUCUGGUCAUUUGACUUCAAGGGUCCAUUAGUUCCUAUCUUCAGCAUUGAGCUCUCUACGACGAUCCCACGCAUGAUUAACUUCAAUCGCACCAACAGUCGACACAUAUUGGUCUUUGGCAUGCAUCAGCUCCACGGCACAGAUGGAGUUAUUGUUGCUACACACAAUGCUGGACCGCUGAUACAUGCCUCCGUAGACAUCACUCAAACAUUAUUCCUCAUCGACAAUGUGAUGAACGGAUUCAGCUUGCACCGACUGGAUGACGGAGUGUGCAUCCGAACCUACAAUACCAACCCUGUCAAGACAUUUCCUAAGCAGGUAAUGUUUGGCGAAAAUACAGACGUAGUGGUUGGAGGCAGUGACGCAGGAGUCAUCUACGUUUUUGACAAGAACAAGGGUACACUUAAGCAAGUGUUAAAACAUGCAAACAAGGCGCGAGUGCAAACUGUGACAACCUACGAUGAUGCACAUUAUAGUGUAAUUGUUGGGGCAACAUCACAGAAUGAUGCAGAGGCCAUUAUCUCUGUCUGGAGUCGCCAAUGGGACAAUCAUGCGACCCCACAUCGCCUAGGAACCGCACUCAAACACUUCGCACGGGGAAUUGUUCAGCUAACCAUCGCAAUGGCUCUGUUGAUAUACAUUAGCAAUGUCGUAAGUUGGAUCUAA